AUGGAGUCUUCCUGGCUGGAGACGCGCUGGGCGAGGCCCUUGUACCUGGUGAUCGUGUUCUUUCUGACCCUGGGGCUGCUGCAGGUUGUCAAGCUCUACAUGAGGAGGCAGCAGCUGCUUCGAGAUCUGCGCGCCUUCUCUGGGCCACCCCCACACUGGCUAACCGGGAACCAGAAGUUAUUUGGGAGUGGUCAUCUGGAGAAACUUGACGAGGUUGUUGAAAAAUACCCAUGUGCCUUUCCUGCCUGGAUUGGGCCCUUUGAGGUAUUUUUCUAUAUCUAUGACCCGGACUAUGCAAAGACAUUGCUGAGCAGAACAGAUCCCAAGUCCAAGUACUUCCAUAAGUUCCUAGUUCCACUACUGGAAGAAGGACUACUGAGUCUAAACGGAUCCAAGUGGGCCCAGCACCGGCGCCUAGUAACUCCUGCAUUCAAUCUUAACAUCCUGAAAUCCCAUGUCAACGUGAUAGCACAGUCUGUGAACAUAAUGCUGGGGAAAUGGGAGAAGACUUGUGGCACUCAGGAGACAGUUGUGGAGGUCUUUAAGGACAUCAACUUGAUGAGCCUGGACACACUCAUGAAAUGUACUUUUAGCCAGGAGACCAACUGCCAAAUAAACAGCACCCAUAAUCGUUUUAUCGAAGGGUUGACUGAAUGCCUCGAAAUCAUCCUUAAGUGCAUGUACAGUUUCUUCUAUCACUAUGACAUAUUUUUCAAAUUCAGCCCUGAGAGCCGCCGCUUACAGAAGUGGACCAACAUUAUACAUCAAUACACAGGGCAGGUAAUCCAGGAGAAAAGAAAAUCCCUCAAGGAUGAGAAGGAGCAGGGUGAAACUGAGAAGAAGUGUCAGGAUUUUCUGGAUAUUUUGCUUUCUGCCCAGGCUAAAAAUGGCAACGGCUUCUCAGAUAAUGACCUAUAUUCCGAGGUGAACACAUUCAUGAUUGCAGGGGUGGACACCAUAGGAGGGACCCUUUCCUGGCUCCUCUACCACCUGGCUCAGAACCCUGAGCAUCAGAAAAGAUGCCGGGAGGAGAUCAGGGGCAUCCUGGGGGAUGGGUCUUCCAUCACCUGGGACCAGCUGGGUGAGAUGUCAUACACCACAAUGUGUAUCAAGGAGUCUCUCCGAUUGUGCCCUACAGCCACAGCCAUUUCCAGAGAGCUCAGCAAGCCCAUUACCUUCCCAGAUGGACGCUCCUUGCCUGCAGGAAUGACCGUGGUUCUCAGUAUUUGGGGUCUUCACCGCAACCCUAACGUCUGGGAAAACCCCAAGGUCUUUGAUCCUUUGAGGUUCUCUCAGGAGAAUUAUAGUAAGAGACACAGCCACUCCUACUUACCAUUCUCAGGUGGACUAAGGAACUGCGUCGGGCAGCACUUUGCCAUGACUGAGUUAAAGGUGGCCGUUGCCUUGAUUCUGCUCCGCUUCGAGCUGACUCCAGACCCCACCAGGCCUCUUAUCCUCAUAUCCAAGAUUUUGCUCAAACCCAAGAAUGGGCUCCACUUGUACCUGAAAAAAAUCUCCUAA